AUGUCUUGGGGAACAUCUACUGUGAAGGGCAAGUAUAUUCACAUGAGAUGUAUUGCCCAUAUUCUGAACCUUGUUGUCCAAGAUGGCCUGAAACAAUGUGAUUCUUCUGUGAAGAGGGUAAGGGAGGCUGUAAGAUAUGUGAGGAGUUCACCUGCUAGACUUAAGAAAUUUAGGGACUUGGCUGAGUGGAAUGGGAUUGAACAUAAAUCAUCUUUGUGUCUAGAUGUUCCAACCAGAUGGAACUCUACAUAUCUUAUGUUACAAUCUGCAAUUAUUUAUGAGAAAGUGUUUGAGUCACUUGAAGAAAGUGAUACUACCUACAAAGCAGAUCUGUCUGAUGCUGUUCCUACUUUUCUUGAUUGGGAGUCUGUGAAGAGUUUGGUGGAGAUCUUGAAAUGUUUUUAUGAUAUGACAAUAAGAAUUUCUGGUUCUUUAUAUGUCACUUCUAACACUUUCUUUUCUGAAAUUUCUGAUUUAUACUGCCUCUUGAAUGGCAUGGUGGAAGCUGGAGGGUCUGUGCAACUGAUGGGAGAAAAUAUGAAGGCUAAAUUUGAGAAAUAUUGGGGGGAUAUAGAUAAAAUGAACUUGAUGAUAUUCUUUGCAAACAUUCUAGACCCAAGAGACAAGUUAGAGUACAUGGCAGCACAAAUGAAUCACAUGUAUGGUGAGGCAAAAGGUAAACCAUACUAUGAGAAAGUGAUUGCAGCCUUGAAAGAGUUGUUUAAUGAUUAUGCUGCCUCUACUCCUGUCUCUACUCCUGCCUCUACUCCUGUCAGUACUCCUACUGAUUUUUCACAGUCUACAGUUGGGAGGCCCCAACAUUUGUUAAAGUCACAGAUUAAGAAACAAAGAUUGGAGACUGGGGGAAUGAAAAAAACUGAGUUAGAAAUUUACCUUGCUGAGGCAAUACUUGAAGAAGAAACCUCUUUUGACAUACUUAGAUGGUGGAAGUUGAAUGCUGAAAGGUUUCCUAUCCUUUCUAAGAUAGCUAGGGAUGUUUUAGCUAUACCAAUAUCUACUGUUGCAUCAGAAUCUGCCUUCAGUACAUCUGGUAGGGUUUUGGAUCCUUUUAGGAGUUCAUUAACUCCUAAAAUUGUGGAAGCUUUGGUCUGUACACAGGAUUGGCUUAGGCUAUCAAAUACCCCAUUAUCAAUUGAGGAAAAUCUGGAGGAAUUGGAGAGAUUUGAACAAGAAAUUGGGACUGAUGGUGGCAGUGGAACUGGAAGGAGUGGUGGUUCUACACUUGCUACAAUUCCUCUGGCUUGGAAGAUGAAGAACAAUAGGAAGAGAUUAGGAACUCUAGGAAGACUAGGAAGUAGGAACUUGGAAAUUCAGUACUUUUUUGGCAUGUAA